GGGGAAGUGUGAAGAGGAGGAGCCACCUUCUCCUCCUCUGAGGGAAGCUAAGGAAGAAAGGGAAAGGAGACGGAGAGGGACUGAGGAGGAAGGAAAGAGGAGGAGUGGGUCUUGUUGCGCUUCUGGCCCGCUAUAGCCUCGCAUUGCACCAGAGGAAAGGGGAGAACAGGAAGAGAGAAAGGGGCUGCGGCAGGCAGUGUUUCUCCUACUACAGAGCCCUGGGCCGGGCCUAGUUGGAAGGAGGUUUUGGGGUCUCUCUGAGGAGAAGGAGGAGGAAGGGCCUGUUUGGAAAUGACUCCUCAGGCUGGAUUCUGAGGAGGCACCUGAAACCACGUAUUUGGCGGAAAGAAGGGAGCAAGAGGAGGAAGAGGAGGAGAGAAGGGCACUGCGACCGAAAGAGGAAAAGAGAGGAAAGGAGGGGGUGCAAAGGAACAACAAAAAACACCCCCUCCACCAUCCCUCAGGCUUUGGCACUCCUCCUUCACUCAACUGAGAGCUGUUGCAUCUGCCUUCCCUCCCUCUCUCCCUCCCUCAGCUUCCCCCCCCCCUUCCUCCUUCUCCUUUGCUUUUUUCUUCACUGUCGGAAACAACAACAACAAGAAGAAGAACAACAACAACAAAAACCCAGCAGCCUCGUUCUUGGUUUGGGAUUUAAACCCUGUCAGGAGAGUGGAAGAAGGACUCAUGGAGGGAAUCUGGACGCCUGGAGUCUGAGAAUGUUGGCUUUGAAAGCUCAGGGAAGAAGUAGCAGGGAGAAAAACGUAACCCAGUGUGCCUGAAAAUGACAACAAAGAGGAACUUGUUUGUGAGGUUGGUGCCAUGCCGCUGUUUACGUGGUGAAGAGGAAACUGUUACUGCACUUGAUUAUUCUCACUGCAGCCUGGAACAGGUGCCUAAGGAAAUUUUUACUUUUGAAAAGACUCUGGAGGAACUCUAUCUAGAUGCUAAUCAAAUUGAAGAGCUUCCAAAGCAACUUUUUAAUUGUCAGUCUCUGCACAAGUUGAGUUUGCCGGACAAUGAUCUGACAACAUUGCCUGCAUCCAUAGCAAAUCUCAUUAACCUCAGGGAACUGGAUGUCAGCAAGAAUGGCAUACAGGAGUUUCCAGAAAAUAUCAAAAAUUGUAAAGUUUUGGCAAUUGUUGAAGCCAGCGUAAAUCCUAUUUCAAAGCUUCCAGAUGGAUUUUCCCAGUUAUUAAACUUAACACAGCUGUACCUGAAUGAUGCUUUUCUUGAGUUCCUACCCGCCAAUUUUGGCAGAUUAACUAAACUCCAGAUUUUGGAGCUUAGAGAAAACCAGUUAAAAAUGUUGCCAAAAACCAUGAACAGACUGACUCAGCUGGAGAGACUGGACCUAGGAAGUAAUGAAUUCACAGAAGUGCCUGAAGUACUUGAACAGUUAAGUGGGUUAAAAGAAUUUUGGAUGGAUGGUAACAGAUUAACUGUUAUUCCAGGGUUUAUGGGCAGUUUGAAGCAUUUGACUUACUUGGAUGUUUCCAAAAACAACAUUGAAACUCUUGAAGAAGGCAUUUCAGGAUGUGAAAGUUUACAAGACCUGCUGUUAUCUAGUAAUUCGCUUCAGCAACUGCCAGAGUCUAUUGGUUGUCUAAAGAAAUUAGCAAUUCUUAAAAUUGAUGAAAAUCAGCUCAUGUAUUUGCCAGAUUCCAUAGGAGGGUUAACAUCAGUUGAAGAAUUGGACUGUAGUUUCAAUGAGAUUGAAGCUUUGCCUUCAUCUAUUGGGCAGCUCUCCAAUAUAAGGACUUUUGCUGCGGAUCAUAACUUCUUAGCACAGUUGCCACCAGAGAUUGGAAACUGGAAACAUGUCACUGUUUUGUUUUUACAUUCUAAUAAGCUGGAGUUCCUCCCAGAAGAAAUGGGUGAUAUGCAGAAAUUGAAAGUCAUCAAUCUAAGUGACAAUAGAUUGAAGUAUUUGCCAUAUAGCUUUACAAAGCUGCAACAGCUGACUGCCAUGUGGCUAUCAGAUAAUCAGUCUAAACCACUCAUUCCCCUUCAAAAAGAAGUUGAACCAGAAACACAGAAAACAGUACUUACUAAUUAUAUGUUCCCUCAACAACCAAGAUCUGAAGAUGUUAUGUUCAUAUCUGAUAAUGAAAGUUUCAAUCCUUCACUGUGGGAGGAACAGAGGAAACAGCGUGCACAGGUGGCUUUUGAAUGUGAUGAAGAUAAAGAUGAAAGGGAGGCUCCACCCAGAGAAGGUAAUUUGAAAAGGUAUCCAACCCCGUAUCCUGAUGAGCUAAAGAACAUGGUCAAAACAGUUCAAACAAUAGUACACAGACUGAAAGAUGAAGAAAAUCCAGAAGGUGCUAACAAAGAGACAAAGCAAGAAAGUCAACAGGUUGCAGUGAAGGAUGUUGGUGUAAAGACUUCAGAAGUUACUCCAGCAAAGAACAAAAUGGAAAAUGAGCAGAAUAUGAUGGGAAAUUGUGUGCAGAAGCCUAAAGAAUCAGAUGCUGAGAACAGUUCUGGAAACAUGCAGAUGAGCAAUCAGAUUAAAACAUCAGAGAACACAAAACCAAUUGCUAAUCAUGAAGAUACUCUUGAGUCAGAAGAACUAUCCUCAGAUGAAGAAAUGAAAAUUGCAGAAAUGAGACCACCUCUUAUAGAAACAUCAAUUAACCAACCAAAAGUAGUAGCACUUGGCAUUAGCAAAAAAGAUGACAAUAAAGAUCUGGAUUCCUUGUCAGAUGAACCAACACACAACAGCAAUCAGAAUAACAGCAAUUGUUCCUCUCCUUCUCGAAUGUCUGAUUCAGUUUCUUUAAAUACGGACAGUAGCCGUGAAGCAUCACUGUGCUCUCCAGACAAAGAAACUAACUUGGCUAUCACUUCCAAAAUCAGGCAGGAAGAUGAAAAUUCUAAUAGUUUUUUACAAAAUGGAGGUGAAAUAAAUGUUACUGCAGAAGAAAAACUGGAUGCCCAAGACAAAGUAACCAAUUUCAGUGAAUUUAGAUUAAGCAUCGAAGAGAGAUUAGCUUUGAUAGAGAGGGGUGUUGAGCUAACUAGUGUUACAGAUGAGUCUCACAGAUUACACCAAAUUAAUAGGAAUAUCUGCAAAUUGACUGAAGAGGUAGGAAUACAACCAAAUGUAGUGGAAGAAAUAAAAACACAGGAAAUAUCACUAGUAAAGGGAUUUUUAAACAACAAUAAUAAAGAAGUAGUGGAAAAUGAAAAUAAAUAUUCUAAUCUGUGUCCUAUGAACAAUAUCAAUGGACAUUCUGAGGAAGUGCCUCCCUCUGCAGAAAGAUCAGCGCUAAAGAGAAGUGCUACUGUUGAUACUGAUUCUUCUUCAGAAAUGUGUCUUUCAAAGAGUACUGAAGAUUUGUCUCCACAGAGGAGUGGGCCAGUUGUGAAAUCUCACAGCAUAACUAAUAUAGAGACAGGUGCUCUGAAAAUCUAUGAUAUUAUCAACGACCUUGGAUCCCAGCAGCCAAAUCCAGCAGUAAAAUCAACAACAAUGGCUCCAGAAGGAAAAAAUAUAGUCCGGAGCAAGUCAGCUACUCUCCUUUAUGACCAGGCAUUACAAGUAUUUCCUGGGUGUUCAUCAUCAUCUGAUUUAAUAUCCACAAAAACAGUGUUCAAAUUUGAUUCAAAUCAUAAUCCUGAAGGUACUAAUUUGAUAAAAGGACAAGGGACAAAUACUUCACAACCAUUCAGCCCCCCCCAAUAUAAUAUCCAAUAUAGCAGCAGUAUGGCAGCCAAAGAAUCUUUGUGGCCCCCAAAACAAAACUCCCUAGCUGAACAAAGCUGCUUACCUCCUCAACGCUUGCCAAGAUCAGAUACUGUAGACAGCUGCAAUUCUGUGAAACAUUCUGCCAACAUGAAUUUCUCCAAUCAUAAUAAUGUUAGAGCUAGUGCUGCAUAUAACAUGCAUCAAAGAAUGAGUGGGAGGCAUGUAGAAAUGUGGGCUGUUCCACCAAAUGAUAGACUUGUUUCUGGAGCAACUCGAAAUACUCUCCAGCGUCAGAGCAGUGUCUCUUCUACUACUUCAAUGAACAUUACUGAUUCUGGACCUCCACGGCGACCCCAGGUUCCCGAAGGAGAUUAUUUAACAUACAGGGAUUUACACUCAAUGGGAAGAGUCCCACCUAUAAUGUCAGGGCCACAGAGACCACUUUCUGCAAGAACCUAUAGCGUUGAUGGGCCAAAUGUACCUCGACCUCAGAGUGCUCGUCCUUCAGCAAAUGAAAUACCAGAGAGGACCAUGUCAGUUAGUGACUUCAAUUACUCAAGGACUAGUCCUUCUAAAAGAGCAAACCCACGGGUUAAUUCUGAACACUCUCUACUAGAUCCUCCAGGAAAAAGUAAAGUCCCUCAUGACUGGAGGGAACAGGUGCUGCGACACAUUGAGGCCAAAAAAUUAGAAAAGAGCAUGCUGUCUAGGUCCUUUAAUUCCAAUUAUGCGCCAGUUAGCAGCUUUUACUAUGGCAGCUCUAGGGAUCUGCAUGGCAGCCAAGGCAAUGUUGCCUUGAGUGUUGCAGACGGAAGAAGUUCUGGUGUUCACAUUGUUCGUCAUCCCCAAACAUCCACCCCAGGAGAUCAAUGCCAAGAGGAUGUAUUUGUUUCUGGUCAGCAGAACUACACAUCUACCCCAAUUAGUCUCAAAGAUGUUGGUCCAGACAGCAUUAAGAAACUUCCUGUGCAGAUGCCUUUGACAAAUGGGCAGAUGUGCCAGCCCCCAAGACCUCAGGCAAACUACAGUCAAGUCCAUCAUCCUGUACCCCAAGCAUCUGUGGCAAGACAUCCUUCUAGAGAGCAACUGAUUGAUUAUCUGAUGCUUAAAGUUGCUCAUCAACCUUCCUAUACUCAGGCCCAAGGUCCACCCAGACAAUGUCAUGAGUUGUCAAAGCAGGAGAUGCGAGUGAGAAUCGAAAAGGAUCCAGAGCUUGGAUUUAGUAUAUCAGGAGGAAUUGGUGGUAGAGGAAAUCCCUUCAGGCCUGAUGAUGAUGGUAUAUUUGUAACCAGAGUACAACCUGAAGGACCAGCAUCCAAGUUGUUGCAGCCAGGUGAUAAAAUUAUUCAGGCUAAUGGGUAUAGCUUCAUCAAUAUUGACCAUGGACAUGCGGUAUCUUUACUAAAGACUUUCCAGAACACGGUGGAACUCAUCAUUGUUCGAGAAUUUUCUUAAAUACUGUGGAGGAAUGGCAGAUGUCCGUGUAAUCCUCCAAAGGACUUGUGGGAAACUGAAUAUUUUGAUUAUUUUUAUAUACAAAAACUUUUAAAAUUAUGUACAGUAAUAAAAUAAUGAACUUGUGGUUAUGGGGGAAAACCACUGUAAAGGACAUAGAUGAAACAGAUUUGAAAAUGCAACUGGCAACAGACAUUGUAGCAAACAGUGAUCACUCCUCCAAGAACAAACCUGUGGUGUAUUUUGUACAGAUGGUAGGUUUAUUUUUGGAUAAUUCAUAUACAUUACUAAACUUUCUGUACAUGGAGCCUCCAUUGUAUCCAGUGGACAGAUGGCAGGGCUUUCUGUCCUGUAGCAGUUUGUUGCCUUUAUUUUUUUUGUUCACCUCAUUUUACUGUCUUUGUUGAAACCACUUCUGUAGAUGUGGAUAAGAGAUUUGAAAUGUUGGCUUUGCUACGUGCUUAUUUGUAUAGAUGAAUGGGUAGACGGAAAGUGGGGCUGGCUGGAUUAAUUUAAAAGGCCAGGUACAAUGGCUAUGAAAGUAUGGGAUUAAGAAAGGAAGGGUGGAAAUGAGUUUACAUGAGAAUGUAUAUCUACCAAUAGAAAAAAAAAUGCAAUAAAAUGUGAUGUCUUUUUAGGGAGACUAUAAAUACACUUCUGGGAGUUCUACAGGACUGGCUCAUAUCACAUCCACUGACUGUCUUAUUUCCUGUGUGCAAUUCAAUUUUGAGUGUUUGUUUUUGAUCACACAACUUUUUUUUCUUUUCAUUUGUGCUGUGGAGUUUUACUAAGACAAUACUCUGUGCAACAAAAAUCCCCACUUAUGUGCAAAAGGGUGAUUUUCUUCUGCUUUGUAUUAAAUACUCCAUAUUCAAUUUAGGUCCAAAACACACUUCAGAAAUAAUCCAGUUUGAGACUGCUUUAACUACCCUGGCUCAAUACUAGGGAAUUUUAUUCAAUAUAAAAUCAUACAUACCAUUAAUACAUGCUUUCACACCUUUCAUAACUCUGCAUUUUCAUCACAAUUACAGUUAAUUCAAACAUCCUCAGCGUUACCUCAAUCUCACCACUCACUACCCUGCUUAUUUACCUAUUAAUAUCUAGAACACCUUUAUUUUAUUUCUAUCACCCACACAAUAAAACACAACGUUAGCUUUCUCUCUUUCUUUCUUACUUUAAUUCCAUCUUCUUCCUCUGAUUACCUAUAUUCUUUCUUGUAUUCUUUUGUCUGUCUUUAUUCUUUUCAUUUGCUGUGGAUUUUCUUUUUUUAUGCCCAAAUUUCUUUACCAUUUACAUUACCAUUUUCAUAUGAUUUUUUUCUCUUCUCUCCAUUUUUGUGUUUCCUUAGUAUAUACAAAAAGUUUUCUGCCCAUUUUACAUGUUUUUUUUUAAAAUAUCUGUUAAAAGACUGCUUUAACUGUCCUGGCUCAAUGCGAGAGAAUUCUAGGAACUGUAGUAUUGUAAGACAUUUAGCCCUCUUUGUCAGAGAGUUCUGGUGCCAUGGUAAACUACAGUUCCCAGAAUUCCCUAGCACUGAGUCAGGGCAGUUAAAGUGGUCUCAAACUGGAUUAUUUCUGCAUAAUCCUUAGAGGAUUUGGACCUUAGAGGAUUAUUUUUUUUAAAAAUAAUGAAACUGAAAUGGCCAGUUUUUUGUUGUUGGUUUUUUACUAAGUUGCCUGUGUGUAACCCAUCACAUGUGCAUGCCACAUGUAUAUAGCACAUGUGCAUGUUCCAGAUCUCUAUCAUUAUUUUGCCAGGAAAAGCGCCAUUCUUUUUAAUGGGGCUUGUGGCAGUGAACCCUGUGAGGAUUGGGCUGCCCAGGGUUUAAUGGUUCAAGAAGGGUUAGGAAAGGUGUCUUGAUUUUAUUUGGCCUUGAAUUGCCUUGAUGUACUGAAAGGAAACAAUACGUAUGGAGCUAAGCAACCAAAGCCAGUUUUUUUCGUGAAACUGUUGCACAGUGAUGAGGGAAAUGCUGUUGGAAAGUUGUAGAGCAAAGGGAUGGGUACUUGAAACCCAUAGGUUUGUAAUGAUCUUUCUCAAAGGGCUUUUCCUACAGGUGACAUUAAAUGUGAACUAGACACUUCAGAGUCAUUAAAGGGUUUCUAAGUAUAUUAAUGUAAUAGUGAUUUACCACAGGCUGCCUUUGUUCUUUAUUACUUGUAUAAAAUAUUGGAUUAUACAUAAUUAAUUUUGUUUAUGACAAACAUUAUGCUUAUUUUUCUCUUUUUUCCUUGUAUAACAGAUAUGAAAUUGCCUAACUUGUUGGAUAAUAAGUAAUACAUGGUUAUUAUGGACCAGAGAAAAGUGCCAUAGAAGACCAAUAACUGUUUUUUAAAGUCAAAUGAUUAACCAUCAUUGGAGCAAUAUUCAGUAACUACAAUUUUUAAUAAAUAGAAAUUGGCAGAUUUAAAAAGAGAUCUAGCAAAACACCAGCCUAUUGUAGUUAUUUGGAAAGACUUGCUGAAAUAGAAAGGAAGCUGCAUAUAGUCAGUACUUUCUAAGUAUAUAAACUUCAGUGAUAUUGCACUUCAAAGAAGUUAUCAACUGCAUAUUGUAAUGUGUAUAGUUUUUAAUAAUUUUAAUUGAAACCCUUUAACAACUCUUUGUACAUUAAUUUUAGUUCAUUACAUUAAUAUUUACAUAGGAAUUGAUUUUUAUAUUAGCAGAAAUGUGCUGUAUUUUGGUAAAAUUUACUUAUUUUCUGUGUGCGCAGUUUAACCUUUAAAGAAAAAACAAGAAACAUAGCUAUAUAAUGGCAGGCUUCAGUGUUACCUUGCUUCUAAAAGUGUCUUCUUUUUAAUUUCUCUACUUUUUAUUGACAGCUGAAAAAUUGACAUUCAUCCAUUUUAAUGAUAUUAGUAACCUCAGCAUUUUAAAGGGAAUAUAAACAGAUCAGUCUUAAUCUGACCUGAGACAUCAAACUAUAAUUAUGAGGAAAAUAUAAAGUCCUAAAUCAGAACUGAUUCUUUAUUGAUCAUGGACUUUGUUUUUGUAUACAAGAUAUCAGUUUGAAAUAGGGUGUUGAAAUAACGGCAUUUCAUAUCAAACAAUAAGUAUUUGUAACCUAUGCUAUUCAAAUUUAAUUAAAAUUUGUGUAUAACAAUUCAGCAAGAAUUAUCAUAGCUUGUAGGAAGAAUUUAAAGAGACUUGGUGCUUUUAAUUUGUUGCAAAAAAGAAGAAAAAUUAUCCUUGAAAUAAAAUAUUCUUGAUAGCUGUCGUCUCCUGGGGGAAACAAGGCAUUUUUAAACGUGAUAUUCUGUUUGUGUUGGGAGAUGGUCAAAAUAUUUCUCUUGAGAGAGACUCUGGAAAGUAGUGGCCAGAAUGCAUGGAAAGUAUUCUGACGCUAUUGAUUGUUAAUGUUUCUAAUCUUAUCAGAUAAGAUAUAUCUGCAGACUUGGGCGUUGAACAAAUUAAAUGUUUUGUCAGGUCCAUAUUCUUUCACAACAGUUCAUUAAAGAAUCAGUUCAAAUGAAAAUUCUGGUUAAAAAACCCAAAUAUUUAUUGUGUAAAUAUUUUUUUUUACUUUUUUGACUAGCGUAUCAGAAAUGUGUAUAUACUUGAACACAUCCUAUGAACACAAUCAUAGCAAUAAGCAAAACACAGAAUCAAGCCUUUAUCAUUAAUUUGCUGUGUACUACUUUUUUAAAAAGUAAUUAUUUCCUUGUCAUCAGCUAUGUAAUGUUUUUAUUGAUCACCAUUUAGUCAUCAUUCCAAAAUUUUGUAUAUAAUUAAAUUGUUUCUGAAGUAACACAUGGAGAAUAGAUAAUAAACUAAUGCUCUUUAAAA